AUGAAACAUUUAUUUGAAGAAGUAGAUGAAAAAAUGAAUGAAAAAUCUGAUAAACUCAAUAGUUCAUUAAUUCUUCCCUUCAGUAAGGAUUAUCAGUUCUGUUCAAACGGUGUGUAUUUCUAUUGCGGAAAAAUGGGUUCGGGAAAGACUUUUAAUUUAAUUCGUCAUAUUUUAAUUACUGAACGUUUAGGCUCUGAUUCAUAUUAUGACCAAAUCAUUAUAUCAGCAACUUCAGAUUCAAUGGAUUCAACAGCGAAGACGUUUAUGAGUAAAGUUCAGGCAUCAGUAAUUAAAGUUCCAGAUAGCGAAUUAAUUUCUUUUCUUCAACGUUAUAUAAGAAGAAAGAAGAAAUAUUAUGCAAUAGUUGAAUUUAUACAAACAGGAAUGCAAAAGACAUCGGAAGAAAUGGAAAGAAUUAUUGAUAAACAUCAUUUGAGACAGCAGGAUGGUUCAUAUGAUAUGAAACGAUUGACAAACUACAUUCUCUCAAAACUUUCAAAAUAUCCUUUUAAA